GAUUCUGCUGACGGUGGUCGUCAUCUUCCGGAUCCUGAUCGUGGCCAUCGUGGGCGAGACGGUGUACGAGGACGAGCAGACCAUGUUCAUGUGCAACACCCUGCAGCCGGGCUGCAACCAGGCCUGCUACGACAAGGCCUUCCCCAUCUCCCACAUCCGCUACUGGGUCUUCCAGAUCAUCCUGGUCUGCACGCCCAGCCUCUGCUUCAUCACCUACUCCGUCCACCAGUCGGCCAAGCAGCGGGACCGGCGCUACUCCUUCCUCUACCCGCUGCUGGAGAAGGACGCCCGGAAGGCGCGGAGCGUCAACGGGAUCCUGGUGCACAACCCCGAGGGCUCGGCCAAGGAGGAACCCGACUGCCUGGAGGUCAAGGAGCUGCCCAGCACCCCCCGGCGCCCGCCCAAGAGCGCCAAGGUGAAGCGGCAGGAGGGCAUCUCCCGCUUCUACAUCAUCCAGGUGGUCUUCCGCAACGCGCUGGAGAUCGGCUUCCUGGCGGGACAGUACUUCCUGUACGGCUUCAACGUGCCGGCCAUCUUCGAGUGCGACCGCUACCCCUGCGUCAAGGAGGUGGAGUGCUACGUCUCCCGGCCCACCGAGAAGACCGUCUUCCUGGUCUUCAUGUUCGCCGUCAGCGGGAUCUGCGUCCUGCUCAACCUGGCCGAGCUCAACCACCUGGGCUGGCGCAAGAUCAAGACGGCCAUCCGGGGCGUGCAGGCGCGGCGCAAAUCCGUCUGCGAGGUGCGCAAGAAGGACCUCUCGGCCCUGGCCCAGGUGCCGCCGCUGGGCCGGACCCAGUCCAGCGAGUCCGCCUACGUCUGA